CUACUACCGCCACGAUCGAACCAGACUUGAACCUCUCAUUUGGCUAACCUUUCAUGAUUUCUUCAACGACCAACGCACCACUGGAAGCUUACUCUUCCAUUCUCUUGAUGGUCCCAUUUUCUGACAUCUUCCAGGGGGGCCAUCAGUAAAUGCAGGGUCUCACAGCACUAAACCGGGACCACCAGCAUUGGCAUCGACAAUUGAUAUCACCGGCAAUACCCACCGUCGUCGUCGGAUAUAUUUGCGUCUGCUCAAAAUCUCCCGAUAGCUCCGAUAUUAUUACUGAUUCUCGUGAUAUCAGAAACGAUGGGGUCAGGGAGGCGGUCCAUGAUUAAUAUUCCAUUAUAAUAGGAACGCUUCACAAGGCGUUCCUUGUUCGUUUCACCACCAUCAUCUCCCUCCGGCGCUACCGGUAUCUACGAGGCCCGUCGCGACUGCGACCGUUCACUGCGCGUAUUGUUGUAAAUAUUUCCCCUCGAUAUGUCUGACGCCAGCUCUUCCACAACGGCCUUACCGGCUUUGGAUAAUACGAUGGGCAUGUUGUAUUUGAGUGCCCUAUUUGCUAUGGGUCUUUGGGGCGCUGGAACGGUCCAGAUGUAUUUCUAUUACACUACGUAUCCUCAAGACUCGCGAUGGCUAAAGUAUCUAGUCGCUGUGACCUGGUGUGCGGACACUGCAAAUCAAGGGCUCAUCAGCCAAUUGGUGUACACAUACCUCGUCACAAACUUCGCAAAUCCUGCCUAUUUAUCUGCUUUACAACCCACACUCCUUCCAAUGAUGUUCUUAACCGGCAUAAUCGCCUUACUUGCCCAAACCUUUUUCUGCUGGCGUAUUUGGCGUCUCAGCAAUGCGAACAUCUGGUUGACCGGGGCCACUUAUAUUGUGUGCUUUGCUUCUUUUGUUUCGACGAUGGUCUUCUAUGGAAUAGCGGCCGACUAUAAUGAGUUUGCGCAGUUGAUACCAUUGCAUCCUUAUAUGCAUGCCCUCAACGUCCUGAGCGCUGCGUCGGAUGUUAUAAUAGCGAUGGUGCUAGUCUUCCUCCUGCGUAAACAAAGAACUGGAUAUCGCAAGACCAACACCAUGAUCAAUCGCCUCAGCCUCUUUGCUCUCAAUACGGGUGCCAUUUGUGGGUUAUGCGCAAUCCUCACGCUCGUAUUCAACAUUGUAUACCCGGAUACUUAUAUCUAUAUGUUGUUCUAUAUUAUUGUAUGCAGAGUAUACAUGAACUCCCUCCUUGCGACAUUGAACUCCCGGGAAACGAUCCGUGCAAUUGGCAAUGCGACUAUCAUCAACUCCAUGCCUAAUUUCUCAAAUCAAGAGUCCAUCAGUCUGUCUUUCGUCGGCGGAAAUGGCCAUCCGGAAUUGGGACUGGAGUCUUCCGGAACUACGGAAAAUUACCGAGAUUCCAAAAUGGCAGGAGUACGUCUGGUCGCUUUCGCUCAUCACGUUCAGGGUCCUCACGGUUUGCGGUCUCCUUAGUCUCGCACUAACGGUGUUCUUCCGGAGUCAAAAAUGACGAUGGUGAGUCAUUCGUUUCAGAUUCAUUCGCUGUAUGCAUACGAGGUCUGACAGCUAGUCGCAGUCUGCACCUUAGGGACGUCCAAGCUUGGGACGAUGCCCUGUAGAGUCUUGUUUACACUUGGUCACAGAUCUGUUUCGUAUUUUGAGUAUUGU